AUGAUUAACAACAAGACAACUGAUUCAUCUACUGUACGAAGAAAAACGAAUUUUAGCAUCCUCUGUUUAACAUUUAUUCUUGUUUAUACGUCUUACAAUGCUAUAACAAAUUUACAAUCAAGUAUUCAUACAGAUAAAACUGUUGGUUACUAUUCAUUGGCAAUUAUAUCAGGAUGUUCUGUUUUAUCAUGUCUUUUCUUUACAAAUCUCUUGAUCUUCGUAGCUGGAUAUAAAUGGACGAUUGUAUUAGCUCAAGUUGGAUUUUUAUUAUAUAUUGCCGCUAAUAUGUAUCCUAAAGUUUGGAUUAUCUAUCCAGCUUCAGUCAUCUGCGGUAUAUUUCGAGCUGGUUUUUGGACAGCACUUAGUGCUUAUGUUACCGAUUUAAGUGCUGGUGGUGAAAGUGGACCUAUAGCGGAUGCUAUCAUUAACAAAUAUUUCGGCAUUUUUUUUUCAGCAUUUCAAACUAGUCAAAUUUGGGGUAAUUUAGUAACAUACCUUGUUUUACGAGAUAGUCCCAAAAAUCUUCCGAUAAAUAAUGGAAAUUCUAGUGAAUCGCACUGUGGUGCUGAGUAUGCAGAAAAUGAACAACAAGGAAACGGUGGAUUAAAUAUCAUAUCUGGUACAACGACUUAUAUUCUCCAUGGUGUUUUUAUGGGUUUAAUUGUUGUUUCUAUUAUUCUUAGUAUUAUAAUGCUUGAUCAGAAACGUAAAUGGGAAAAAGCUACAUCAAUAAAAGAUUUGUUAGUCGAUUCUCGACAUUUUAUUGUUUCGACAUUUAAACAGAUGAAAUCUAUCAAGCAACUUUUUCUUUUACCUUUAGCAUUUUGGAUUGGAACAUCCGAAGCUUUUCUUUUUGGUAUUUUUACUAGUAGUUUUAUCACUUGUACAACUGAUCUCUCCUAUGUUGGUCUCAUAAUGAUCGCAUAUGGUGUUGCCAGUUCUAUUUUCAGUGUGAUUGUUGGUAUCCUCGGAAAAUACAAUAUUCGUAUACCAUGUUAUAUUGUAACUGCUCUUUUAUGUUACUCAUCAUAUACAGUGAUGCUUUUGUGGAACCCGUUAUCAUCACAAAUUUAUAUAUUAUUCAUCUUAGUCGGAAUGCAAGGUAUUGCAAGUGCUAUUUGGGAUCCCGUAGAAGCUGGUGAGUAG